CAUUCUCCAGACGACAAACUGUCGACCGUCAUCAAGAAGUCAACGCCGCCUCGGUAUCAACAGAAAAAUGGAAAACAUUUCCUGUGACGAACUCAUAACAAGUUUGACGUCUUUCCUUCGUCUCUACAGUCGACAUGGAGCUCGUAUUCAGUCGACCUCGGAGAGCUUCGCGCUGACGGCCACUCAGCUGGUGGACGCUUAUAAGAGCGUAGCGGACCGAGCUGUGUUCACGGUGAUCAGAGGAGGUCUUGGUGCAGCCAGUGGCGGCCUCUCUGGUGGAGUAUGUGGUGCUCUGGGGACGAUCGCUGCUGUGACUUGGUGCAGGUUUUGUGACGAUGAUAUUAACGCAGUCGGCGCGACUCUCAGUUUUUUUGGCGGUAUAUUAGGUGGUGUAGCUGGGGGAGUGUGCGGCGGCGCCGUUGGCAGUGUGGUCGGCGUUGCAGGAGCCGGGAGUUCACUUUGGGGUUUGCUCAGCGACCUGUCAUCGUUGACCAUCGGCUAUGCAACUGGUGCUGCAGUUGGUGGUAUUUUUGGCGAGACAGCUGGUGCAGCAGGUGGUGCGAUCGGUGGUGUUUUUGGUGCGUUGAGCGGGGUAAACGUUGCUGUUAAGUUCGUUGAGCCGAAUACGAACCUGAUGGAGAAAGCUGGAGAUUUCGGAGAGGCGAUCGAGCCGCUGGUGGAGGAGCUGAAGACAAUCAAAGCGAUCAGCGACAAAAUGACCUCCAACGUUUUCAUGCAUGGUGCAGCUGGACAAACCGCCAAGACGCUGGCUUCUGUGAGCGCCAUGGAGAAAAUGAUGGGCGCCUAUCGGACCACGGGUCAGCUUCGGUUUGUUCAAGACGCGGUGAAGCAAUGCAAGAAAAUCACAGAGGAACUGGAGACGACGAGAGCAGAGGCGGAGAAAUGUUUGACGUCAGUGAAGACACAAAAACUGGACAAAUAAUGAAACGUCCACUGAUCAAGAGACUUUGAAAGACUUAAAGGAUGAAUGUACUCUGAUUGUUCCUCCAUUCAAUAAACAAGAAAUAAACAAUGA